AUGGAAAAUCCCACCGACAACCAUACUAUUGAACUUCCUGAUGAAAAGUCACAGCCCGUCGAGAAAUCAUGGGAAGAACGAAUAUCCACAUUCGUCGACGCCAUAUCAAGACCAACCACAAAAGCCGGUGAACUUCUCACCACCCUUCUCGACACCUUCUUCCCCGAUGGCAUCACCUCUUAUCACAAUCCACCCUCUUCGGACUCCAAUGUGUCCGACAUUUUCACUCAAUUAAUCACACUUUGCGAUGUUAAAGCUUUGGCGGAACACGGGGUGAUCAGUAAGGCUCUUAUGGCUAGUCAACUUCAUAAAAUCCAUCAAAACCUACAAGCAUAUUGUAAAGGAAGCACACGGUCGGUGUUCAUGAAGUCAUUGGUGGAGCUGUGCGGCGAAUUCUUUAAUUUAAUGAUCGAUUUUUCGAGGCAGGACGUGGUGCAGUUGAUGCCAGUGAUGGAAAUAUUCGGCAGCACGGGGGGAGGUUGGAAAUCUCCUUACGCCCAAGAUUUAUCAAAGCAAGUCAGGGAAUAUGAAACCUACUUCACCGAUAUCUAUCCCCGAUGGAAGGACUGGCGCAAAUCCAAAAUUCUGAUCUCGACCUUCGAUGAUCCACAAGAUCCCAAAACUUUUAUCCAACAAGUUUCCGACACACUAAUGGCCAAUUCCAAUACGAACUAUGAAUCUAUAAGAUAUUUCUCACCCGAAGAUGUCACCCAGCUCGAAGCAGUUAGUGACAACAAAACCUCUAUCACCAAUGCAUGCAUCAACUCCAAACUCCGCCUGUUCAAUGAAGUCAACGCGGAAUUCAUGAAGCUUUAUGUGUACACCUUCGCCUUGCAUAAAUUUGCCCCGGAUAAUUGGAGUGCACCUACCAUGGCUCCUAGCGCAAAGGUCUCAACCAUCACAUACGGACCAUAUGGAAGAGAUACUUUUCCCAAUGGAUCGCAUGGUUUGGAUGAUUGUGGGAGUGGGUCUACGCUAUGCGACGACGAACCGGGUGUCAUUAUAGGCAUAAACAUAAAUGCUGGGGAUGGAAAUCCACGAGAAGGAGAGUUGUUCACCAUACGAGGAUUAAACGAAGGGUAUAAUCACAUCAUAGCCGUGGAUUUAUAUUAUUACCCCCGGGUUAUGUGCGGGGUGGAAUUCUUUUUUUCGCAUGGAACGAGCACGGGCAUAAUGGGAAAGAGACAUGAAAAAGCAGAGGUGAUCAAGUGCGGGCCUAUCGGAAAUGGGGAGUUCAAGUUGACCGGAGUGAGAAUGGCCGAUGUAACGCGUGAACAGUCUGGGAAGGCAAUCAGUCACAUGGAAUUAAAAUUUGAGCAUAUAAGGGUAGCCAGUGACGACGGUUGA